UCCACAGCUCAUGCAUGGCUGCCUUUUGUGUUGUUUGCUUAAUUCGGUGCUCUGCUAAAUGCUGCUCCUCUCCCCGCACUGCACAGCUGAGUAUUCUGCAGUCUCUUAGUGUUUAGAUGAUGCCGAUGUUCACCUUUGUCAAGCCUUCCUGCUCCUUGUGUGUGUGUGUGUGUGCUCUAAAAUGAUGCUAACGCUGCUCUCUGAUGUAUCGUUGGCGAGGAGGAGGAUUGCUGUGCAAGGGAAGUGCAUGUCUCUCUUUGCAUUGCAAUAGCUUGAGCUCAAUGGUUGUUCCCUUUGUCUCCAGCUCCAAAUGAGUGUACCUGCAGCAACGGCACAGAACUCAGACGGCAACAACAGUGAAAUGCAAUCAGCUGCAGUGGCUCCCUCCUUCCUCCCCAGCCAGUCGGGGAAGAUACCGGGCAGGAAGAGAGGGAGACCCCCGCUCCGCAACGUCGCCAAGAUGGAUUUUCCAAAUCGUUACCCCGAGUCGCUCCCUCCACUCAAAGUGCCAAAGAAGAGGGGGAGAAAGCCGGGUUUCAAGCUCAAACCCAGGAUGGUGAUGACACCGUUGGCGAUCUCUCCGCCCAGCAGCACCCCGGAGCCCGACAUGAGCUCCAUUCCGCAGGAUGCCGCCACCAUCCCCCACUCGGCCACGCCCCAGGUGCUUACAGUCUGUAUUUACAUCAACAAGCAGGCCAACACGGGCCCCAACCUGGACAGGAAGAAGAUCCAGCAGCUCCCCGAUCACUUCGGACCCGACAGGCCGUCCGUGGUACUGCAGCAGGCCGUCCAAGGCUGCAUCGACAGCGCCUUCCUGCAGAAGACGGUGUUCACUCUCCUCACACAAGGCUACGGGGGAGAAAAAAUAUCAGCCACAUUCGAUGGGAAGCAGCACCUCCUCAGCCUCCCCGUGGUGAACAGCAUCGACUAUGUGCUGCGCUUUCUGAAGAAGCUUUGCCGCAGCCUGCACUGUGAAAACCUCUUCAGCGAUCAGCCCAUCACCCAACACAGCGGGGGCUCCUACCAUUCAGAUGCUGAGACGUCGAUGGCCGAGGACUACCAUUUAGACCAGUCCGACGGCAAGCGCUACUCCAUGGACCCGGGCGAGUCCGCUUUCGGCUCCAUCAGCUCGUCCUACUCGCCGAAGUCCUACGGGUUUCGCUCGUCGCAGCAGUUCACCAACGGCUCGGCCUCCAUGAGCAUGUGCAGACAGUCGGCCACCAGCCCGAGCACAUUCCCAGAGAGCAACAGGACGGGAGGUUACAGCGCAGCUUCAGAGUCCCAGGACUCCAAAGCUCCAUCCAACAAGGACCCAACCACCUGGUCUGUGGACGAUGUGGUCUGGUUCAUCAGGGAUGCGGACCCCCAGGCUCUCGGCCCCCAUUCAGACGUCUUUAGGAAACAUGAGAUCGACGGGAACGCUUUGUUACUCCUGAAGAGCGACAUGAUCAUGAAGUACCUCGGACUGAAGCUGGGUCCGGCCUUGAAGCUUUGCUUCCACAUCGACAAACUAAAGCAGACUAAGUUCUGAUAACCUUCUGCUAUGUAUAUUUCCUUUUCCGUGAAUCCGACGAUACAUCUCCAGGUCUGUGAGAGAACGGGAAGCGAGUAUAGGAUCCCCAGGAGUGAGAUGCAUCAUUUCCUUUCCUGCUGUAAAAGGAUCAAAGCAAAUGGGUUGCCACUUUUACCGAUACUUUAACUUAUUUUUGCUCGGAAUGAGGGGGCUUAUGCGUGAAAAAAAUGCGAUGUGACGUAGAAAUUCAAGAAAACAACACAAAGACUGACACAUUCAGGUAUUACUUCAUCUUCAGUCUUUUAUGAAGACGUUUGUAACCCACAUUUUAACAUUAACAGGGUGUGAUAAAAGUAGGUAAGUGUGAGUAGAGUAAAUGUUAGCUUCUCCAACUAGAAGUUUAUGGACCAUCAAACCAGGUUGUUGUUUUAGGUCCUUGAGUUUUACUUUUACAGCUAACACAUUAUAAAAAAAGAUGGUUAAGCUAGUCUUUCACCUUAAGUUAGUUCUCCUUAAACCUGCAAUAACUGAGUUUAUUUUACACUUGAGGGCAGUGGAAACAAGAUGACAUUGACAUGUGGCUAACUUUUAGCCAAUAGUCGCUUAUAUACACACCAAAUCACACAUUUGGCCAAAUGUCUCUGGUCACCUGAUGAAUGUAAAUCCAAUUAUAACUCUCUUUAAACUCUGUUUUGGUCUCCACCAACUCCAGAGGGAAAUAGCUAGCUCCUUAGCUACUAAAUGCUCCACGAUGUUCACCAGCUAGUCGUAUUGUCUGUAUCUGCUGUUCGGUGCUCAGCAGGUAGCGUACAGGUGUUUAGAGCUUAUUUUCUCCGAAAACAGCUGCCUGCUGUUCUGAAAAUAGGAUGCCAUGAGAUUAGUGGGAAUGAACCAAAAUAAUACCGGGCAGCCUAGAAAUGACCCGCUACAGAGAUAUGUAAAGCCCAGAGGAACUGCAGAUUCAGGUGACAAUUCUCUGUUUUACAUUCACAUUUUUAAAAUGAUAUUAAUCAAGCCGCUUGUCUUGAGCAGAGAAACUGAGUGUUCAAAUCUGGUUGGAUGAAGGAGGAAUAUUUUCCACUAAAAGGACAACCUGAAUCCCUUCUCUCUUCCCAUUGGCUCGCAGACCUGGGUUCUCCACAUGUGAGGACCCUCUUGGUACAUGUUGCUGAGGAUUUCCAUGAUGUCACGUCGUGAUCAUCACAAAUCCACCCCUCUCUUCUCUUAUUUACUUAUUUACUCUAUACUUCCGGCACAUAUUUUAAACUAAAAACAGAUUCAGAUGAGAUGGUGGAAUGCAUCCUUCGAAACUCAUUAACAUAUCAGUAAAGGAAGGCCAGUAUAAGAAUAUGUUUCUCAUAAACCUUCACAAAUAUGUGUAUAUAUGUAUAUAUAUAUAUACAUAUAUACCUCACUUUAGGAUCUCAUGUUUACAAAUCUGACAACAUAUGUGAGAAACAGUGCAACACUACACUGCUUUUUGAUUGAGAGUAAAUUGUUUUGAUACUAUUUUUUCACAUUACUGUGUAACAAAAAAGUACUGUUCCCAUUGGAUUCAUUUUUAUUAUAAUUUAAUAUAUUUUAAAAAAACCAUAACCUUUACAAAGCAUAGCCUACAAACAGUAGAAAGACAGUAGCUCUCUUGGUAGUACAGUAUAUAUAAAGAAAAAUGAGAGCAUUGUGAAUGUGAUAUAUUUAUGUUUCAAUAUGCAAGAUUGUUACAUGCCAAUUAUCUCCAUCGGCUUUUCGUGUAUACUCAUAAGAACGUCUUUUUCAAUGCAUAUGUUUCUAUCAAGCAUCAGUGUUGAUAGUGACGCUUUCAAAACACACUAAAAACUUAAAUGUUACACUGGUUUAACCUACACGGCCAUGUACAUGGGUAUAUAAUAUAGUAUUGCUUAUGUAUGCCACUUUUGGUGUACAGUAUGCAUCCUUUUUUAAUCAAUUAACCUUUUGAAGUGAAUGCUGCUGUAAAUAUAUGACAUGUAAGCCAUGCCUAGUGAGAUCAAACUGAGGUAUUUUAUUUUGAAAAUCACUAUGAAUAAGAGUUUUAGAGGACGCUGAGCGGAUCAGUCCUCUAUCCUGGUGCUAAAGUUAUCUAUGUAUUUAACGGUUUGCUUUUGUGUUUGUGAGAUGUAAAAGGAAAUCAUAUGUGUAUACUGUACUGUGAGCAUUAAAUUAAGAAAUCAUAUACUCAGAGA